AUGAAUAAAGCGGAGUUACGAGAACUUUACUUGUCAUCUAUUUUACCUGAAAGUUUACAUAAUAACCAUAAAACUACUGAAGAUGCUCCUUGUUUCAUGUCACAGCGUAGUAAAGUGAUACCUGUACGGCUAGAGUACCAAGAGCGAAAACUGCUUCAUUUGCUGGUUGCUGCUUUGGACGUAUGCGAUUACACAGAUACCGUUGAUACCUUACGAUUUUCGUCAAAAGCUAAACGAACUGCCCAGCAAUUGAAAGGUAUUACCUCCGUACUGGCGGGAAUUAUGGUAGCGUAUGACUACAAAGCUGGACAGGAUCUAUUGGAAACCAAAGAUUUUGAAAAGUAUGCCAGCUUUUUCCAAGAUGUAUUUGAGAUUGGCCGACGGUACAAAGUCUUGAAUCCCAAUCGUCUAGGUAGCACUUAUGGUAAACUAAUGUACUUUGUUCAAGAUUCCAUGUGUCAGGAAAUUCAGGAAAAUCUUGGCUUCAAUCUAUUCAAGCCAAUUUUGACUGUUUACGAAUAUCUAGAAGAUCGAAAAGCCUUGAAGGUUCUUGAUGAUCCUUAUAUUACGGCUGCUACUAUGGAAAUUGUAGCAGGCGGUCGAUCAAGAUCUGCCAUCCAAAAAGAUAUCAAAACGAAAGAGCGUGCGGUAGAGACUAUCGCAAAAAGACACGCGAGCUCAGCCAUAACGAAGGACCAAAUCCGUUGGUGCUUAUAUUCCCUGGCGGACAGCAACAGCUACCUUCGAUUUAACCGGGAUCCGGUUGCUAAAUUGAUAGAUAUGGUUAAACAAAACUUCUCCGCCGAUACCGUGGAUGAUGAAUUCAGUUUAGCUAUUGAUGCUGCAAAUGGCUCUCGUUUACAACAUAAUCAUUACAAGCAGUAUCACUACGUACUUCAGAGUCUCAAUUUGUGGCUUUUGAUUAUGGGUGAAAUCUUUUCUUUAUGGGCUUUGAGUGACUUGGAGUUGACAAAUCCAGAUGUCCAGUAUGAAUUGGUCGAUAAUAAUCAAGGUGUUCAUAGAAUUCAGGCGUGUCCUAAUAUUCGAAUUGCUAUGGAGCGUAUCUUGAGUAAAGCUCAAAGACAAGCGGGCUCAUGGAUCGGCGAUUCGACAAUCCACUUGGGAGAUACGGCAGUUCCAAAUGCUUUACUAUUUAUUGAUAAAUAUAUGCAGGUACCACGUAUUCUUACUCCACUUGUUUUAUUCUUUGAAGAACUUGACUCUUUGCAUGAUCCGGCUUUGCUUCGCUACAUAGAAACUGCAUUCGGAGGAAAGGAAUAUUUGAAGAAAAUGGUGCUAACCGAUUUCAUGCGCUUUGGUUUCGAUGGCUCUGGUGCAGACAACUGGUUUGAUGCUGGCAGUUGUAUUGAUGGCCGCCUUACUAGCGCCUGGAAUUGGGCUAACAGUAUUCACACAAAAGAUUAUUAUAGGGUACUAUUGAUGACCGGCUUUCUGAGCUUCAAUGGUGAAUAG